GUGCGGUUGUGGCUUACGACUCCAUCUUCAUCCAUCCCAACGCGAAGAAUAGUUCUCGGAAUCGGGAAAUGUGUGAGGUUCGGGUGCGUGGCUGCUGGGAAAAGGAAAACCGCUGACGGAAAACUGUGCCAUUGAGCCAGUUCCCACUAUGAGUACGAGUGUUAUAUAAAAAUCCAUUAGCCCCACCGCCAGCGACCCAUUUGCAAGCGACCCCGAAACUUGUUCGCCUAUCAAGGACACACAUCUCUUUCACUCGAGAAGCUCUCGUGGCCGUGAGUCACCCAGACAGGCCCAUAAACAGCAGCGUCUUCUAGCAGUAAAAGUGGAGCAGCAAUAAUAGGAAGUGUAAGAAGAAAACGGCAGAAGCCAGCUUAAGAGUGAAUAAGAAAUUGUCAUGCUUUCAUUAGCAACAAAAGCGUUGUAGCCCAUUCCAAUGAGCGUUUAAGUGUCAUCAAGUGAAGUUAAGUGAAGUGAGAAUUGUUACCCCGAAUAAGACGUUAAGAUGCAGUUGCAGCUGUGCCUGUGGCUGUGCCUGUUCCUCCUGCUCCUCUGCCAUUUGGACCGCGCCCAAGCCAACAUCCUGAACACUCUGCUGGGCGUGCCCGCGGAAUGCGUGCACCAGAGCGGCGUCUGGCCCUGCAAGCUGAGCUUCUCCUGCUGGCUGCAAGGCGGCAAGCACGCCAAGGGCUGCGGCAGCAACAAGUGGCUCUUCAGCUGCUGCGUCGCUGAGCCGCUGCAACACAACCAGAACCAGCACCAGCAACAGCACCACUCCCCAUCGCCGCUGGCCAACCUCGUGGACUACGGCAAGCUGAAGCUGAGCCUCAACAGCCUGCCCAAACGCAUCAUGCUGCGCAGACGUGACGACAACGAGCUGCUCGGUCUCAAGCCGGAGUGUGGAUUGCCACGAACGGCGCAGAAUACUCUGCAGAAGCGCAUUAUCGGCGGUCGUCCGGCGCAGUUUGCCGAAUAUCCGUGGCAGGCGCACAUCCGCAUCGCUGAGUACCAGUGCGGUGGAGUGCUCAUCUCGGCCAAUAUGGUGGCCACGGCCGCCCACUGCAUCCAGCAGGCCCAGCUGGCGGACAUCACCGUGUAUCUGGGGGAGCUGGACACGCAGGAUCUGGGCCAGAUCCACGAACCGCUGCCCGUGGAGAAGCACAGCGUGCUGCAGAAGAUUAUCCAUCCGCGCUUCAACUUCCGCAUGACGCAGCCGGACCGCUAUGACUUGGCCCUGCUGAAGCUGGCCCAGCCGACGGCCUUCACGGAGCACAUCCUGCCCAUCUGCCUGCCGCAGUACCCGAUCCGGCUGAUUGGCCGGAAGGGUCUGAUCGCCGGAUGGGGCAAGACGGAGGCGCACAUGGGCCACGCGGGCACCAAUAUGCUUCAGGUGGCCAGUGUUCCCAUCAUAACCACCUUGGACUGCAUUCGCUGGCACGAAAGCAAGCAGAUAAAUGUGGAGAUUAAAGCGGAGAUGUUCUGCGCCGGUCAUUCCGAUGGCCAUAUGGAUGCGUGUUUGGGAGAUUCCGGAGGUCCACUGGUGAUCAGGGAACGCGGACGCUAUGUGCUUGUAGGCAUUACCAGUGCAGGCUUUGGCUGCGGAGUAGAUCAUCAGCCAGGAAUCUAUCACAAUAUUCAGAAGACUGUGAGGUGGAUACAGGAAGUGGUGACGCGCAACGACCGCGGCAACAACAAGUGUAAACAACAACGAAAGUAUUGCAAAAUGCGCUCGCCGCACCAACUGUUGCUGUUGCUGUUGCUGCUUGCAACAGUAGUUGCUUCUGUUAUUGCUGCCGCUGGCCACAACAAUUACAACUCGGUGUACAACGAGGUGAUCUCGCCGGAGCUCAAACAGGCCAUCAAUAAGGAGCUGCCCAAGGAGGCCAAGUUCUUCGAUGAGCUGGACUCGUCGAAACUGCGCAUGCGUGAACCGCUCAAGAAAGCGCCCGAUGAAAACAAAAGUGAAAUCCUUGGUGAACUAGUGGCAGGACUGCAGCUUUCCGCGAGGAGAAUCCCUCUUCAAUCCCCUUCAAUUCGUUCAAUUGCCAUGCUGCCAUUGCCCCCACACUCCAAGGACACCUGGCUUCGGUUGGUCAUCCUGGGAGCGGUGGCCAUGUGUUCGCUUUCCCCCCCUGGAGUCGAUGGCCUGGGCUAUCCCAGUGCCCAGCAGGAGCACGACAUGCUCAUCCUGGACGCCCUGUCCCGCCGCAGUGGAACCGGAUACUAUGGCGAGAAUAGCGUGAUGGAGAUGCUUUCCCGAAUGAUACCGCAGUCGUGCCGCUUUCGUGGCCACAAGUUCGAGUGCGGCCUGUCCAUCUCAUGUGUCUUGGGCGGCGGCAAGCCGCUGGAUCUCUGCUCCGGCGGCAUGAUUUGGUCGUGUUGCGUGGACAAAGAUCUCGACGCCGAGGAGAGUCCGCAUGCCGCCCCGGUCAAUAACACGAGCGACAUAAUACACUUGCAUGACAUUUACCCCGACCUGUCGACGAACGCCAACAAGCCGCAGCACCACCUGCACCACCACAGUGGCAACGGCCUGUCAGCGGCCCCAUCCACAUCGUCCACGGCGUCCUCCUCCGCCCGUCCGGCCUAUCCCAGCAGCUACUACGGCACCAAGCGACCAGCCUUGUAUAACGGCGGUUCCAAUCCCUACAAGCCCGGCGCCACCCGCCCCUCCUCGUCCUCCUCCUCAUCCAGCCUGAACAGCUGGGAACACGAGGGUGGCGGCCACUUGGGCUCCAGCUCCAUCAAUGGGAUCACCAACCACCUGGACAGCUUCUUCGAUGCCGAGGCCACGCCGCCGUUGGAUUCGGCCGGCGCACCACCGCCCCACGAGCCACUGCCCAACGCACAGGCCUUUGCGGUGGGAAAUGUCCUGGAUCUCAAUGCUGGCGAGGCGGCGGAUGAGUACCAGAGUGGCUACCACGGCGAUGCCAGCUAUCGUCCAGUGCCGGGCUGCGGCGAGGUCUACACCCGGUCCAAUCGCAUUGUGGGCGGGCAUUCCACCGGCUUUGGAUCCCAUCCCUGGCAGGUGGCGCUGAUCAAGAGUGGAUUCCUCACCAGGAAGCUCAGCUGCGGUGGUGCCCUGAUCUCCAAUCGAUGGGUGGUUACAGCCGCCCAUUGUGUGGCCACCACCACCAACUCCAACAUGAAGAUCCGCCUGGGCGAAUGGGAUGUUCGGGGGCAGGAGGAGCGGCUGAAUCACGAGGAAUACGGCAUCGAGCGGAAGGAGGUGCAUCCCCACUAUAAUCCCGCCGACUUCAAGAACGACGUGGCUCUGAUCCGAUUGGAUAGGAAUGUGGUCUAUAAGCAGCACAUCAUACCCGUCUGUCUGCCGCCUUCGUCUACGAAAUUGACGGGAAAGAUGGCCACCGUGGCGGGGUGGGGGCGAACCCGACAUGGCCAGAGUACAGUGCCGUCCGUGCUGCAGGAGGUGGACGUGGAGGUGAUCUCCAACGAUCGCUGUCAGCGGUGGUUCCGCGCGGCAGGACGUCGCGAGGCCAUCCAUGAUGUUUUCCUGUGCGCAGGAUACAAGGAUGGCGGAAGGGAUUCCUGCCAGGGCGACAGCGGCGGACCGCUCACGCUGACCAUGGACGGUCGCAAGACGCUGAUCGGACUCGUCUCCUGGGGCAUCGGCUGUGGCCGGGAGCACCUGCCCGGCGUCUACACCAAUAUCCAGCGUUUCGUCCCCUGGAUCAACAAGGUCAUGGCCAACGACAACGCGUAGGAGGCACUGCAUCGCACUGCAUCGCACUGAACCACAAAACCAGAUAACCACAACCGGAAGACUGCAGUCACCGUUCGAGGAGUCCUGCAGUCGUGUGCGUCCGCUGCGGAGAUGCAUCCCGUUAGCCAGGCCAUGUGAUUCCUCUACGACUCGGGGUUGCUAGUGUGUAAGACCAAGGUCUUUGGGGCCUUGUAUUUAUUUGACUUUUACCCAUAUGCCUGUCCUGAAUCAAUCCCUUCGCCUUCAUUCGUUUCUCAUUGCAUUUCACGCAUUCGAUUUAAGUUUUCGAUAUUUAUUAUACACUGAUCGACGAUAGAUUCCUACAUUUGAGAUGAUCCACUUUCACUUUCACGUACAUUUAUACUUCUAAUUUUAAUUAUGUUUUAAAAAACAAAUAAAAAGUAUUCAAGUUUA